CUUCACAGCGACUCAGACUUCAGCUCCAACAUCUGCAUUCUGAAGCAGGGAUGGCUCAGCCGGGCAGAGUGCUUCAUUCUGGAAGAAAACAAUGUUCCAGGUCAAGCUGAGUCUGCCAAACACUGCCCCUCAAGAUGGUUCUAGAAGAAAUCUUGACAAGUCUUACCAUAUGCUUUUUCUACGCCUUGAUGCCAUGUUUGCUCAUAGGUGGAGUGGUGGUCCUGCCCGCCCCUCAGAACCUCUCUGUACAGUCAGUCAACAUGAAGCACCUCCUGACGUGGAGCCCGGUGAUUGUGCCCGGAGAAAUAGUAUACUAUUCUGUCGAGUACCAGGGAGAGUACGAGAGCCUGUACAUGAGCCACAUCUGGAUCCCCAGCAGCUGGUGCUCACCCACCAAAGGCCCUGAGUGUGACAUCACCGAUGACAUCACUGCCACUGUGCCAUACAACCUCCAUGUCAGGGCCACCCUGGGCUCGCAGACCUCAGCCUGGAGCACCCUGCAGCACCCCUUUAAUCGAAACUCAACUGUCCUCACCCCGCCUGGGAUGGACAUCACCAAGGAUGGCUUCCAUCUGGUUAUUGAGCUGGAAGACCUGGGGCCCCAGUUUGAGUUCCUCGUGGUCUACUGGAGGAGAGAGCCCAGUGCCAAGGAGCAUGUCAAGAUGGUGAGGAGCGGGGCUGUUCCAGUGCACCUGGAAACCAUGGAGCCGGGGGCUGCGUACUGUGUGAAGGCCCAGACAUUGGUAAAGGCCAUCGGAAGGCACAGCACCUUCAGCCGGGCACAGUGUGUUAAGGUGCAAGGAGAGCCCCUCCCGCUGGCGCUGGCCCUGUUUGCGUUUGUUGGCUUUCUGCUGAUCCUGGUGGCUGUGCUGCUCUCCAUUUGGAAGAUGGGCCGGCUGCUCCGCCACUCCUGUUGCCCCGUGGUGGUGCUUCCCAACACCCUGAAAAUAACCAGUUCACCUCAGAAGUUAAUCAGCUGCCGAAGGGAAGAGGCGGAGGCGUGCACCACAGCCGUGCUGUCUUCUGAGGAACUCCUCAGGCCCUGGAUCUAGCAGGCACGGCGGAGGGAUAGGCUGAAGCUGAGAGCUGGGUCCGCGCGGCACAGAUGCCACGAUGGGAGAGGCUAUGCAUCUGUUUCCUUUCAUGGACAAAGGACAAGAUGAGCAAAUGGAGCCUGCUGUGUCCAGGCCUAGAAGCAGCUGUCCGAGGCAGAGAGGUCUGGCAGACAGGGCACUGAUUGGGGGUCAGGAGAUGCGACCUCCGGUGAUGGAUCUGUCUGCCAUUCCCCAGCUGAACGACCUCGGGGAAGGUGACUUAGUUUCUCUGGUUCUCCGUUGCCUCGUCUAUAAAAUGAGGGGAACAGAGCAGCCAUUAAGUUUAUAUAUAUGUAUUUAUAUCUCCAGCACUUGCAGAGCCAUAGGGAAACUGGUGACACUGUACAUUGCAACUUGCAACUGGUUCAACUUUUUUGAAGAGCAAUAUGUAAAUAUGGAACAAGAAUGAUGGUGCCUCUGUACACCAGCUGGCUUGGAGAGCCCACUUUCCUGGAGGAAAGCUUGAAGCGGGAAGGAAGGAUGGGUACAGCAGCUCUGAUCUCACUUCAAGCCAAAUGUCUGUGCAGGGCUGGAUGGCUCAGCCAGCUCUGCAGUCCAUGGCCUGGAGGGAGGCCAUGGUCCUCCUGAAAAAUGGGACAUUUGUGAUGUGCACAAAUACUGUGGGUGGGUACAUGAAAUACACUAAAGGGUGGGUAGUGUGUACAGACUGAGAACAGCAGAUAAAGGUCUAUGUAUGAUUAGAGAAUGCAGACAGAUGUUUGCUAUGUUCCUUUUCCCUGUAGAGUUGUUAAAGUCUGAAAUUAAAAUCAAAAGGGGUCACCUUGGAUAAUAUUUUCAGUUUCUUCCAAAAAAAAGGUCUUUGGAGUUCUAGUUACAUCUUCAAACUUGAGUCCAGAAAGGCCCCUGAAGACCACUUUGGCCAGAGUUGUGGGGAUGCCCCCAGGAAGGCUUGGGGCAGGAGAAGAGUGGGGGACAGGCCCUGGUUGCCUGAGGAUCCUGACUAAGGCAUCUGGCUAAAGCCUUACCCGGGCAGGGUGCUCCUGGGUCUUCCUGAAGGCCUCAACCUAUGGGCAGCCCCUCGGGGGGGGGAUUGCUUUUCCUUAAGACAGCUCACCCAGGGUGUCCUCAGCCCCUCUCUGCAGGUUCAUCCAGGGCCCACUUCCAGAAGCCUCCUCCCUACCAGGAGAGGAAAAGAGUCAGCAUCAGAGAAGAAACAGAGCAGCGAUGUUUCCGGAGGAGUGAAGAGAUUGAUGGGCAAGGCCUGUGCCCCCCUUCUUAGCCCCACUCCUAGCUCGGGAACCACCAAGCUUGUUUGUUCCUAGCCCACUUCCUGCAGCCCUUCUAGGCGACCCAGAGGUGGUGCCGGUAUCUCCCCUACAAAAUAAAGGCUCUCUGCACCGAGUGGGCUCCCUGCAGGAAGAUGAGAUGCUGAAGAUGUUUUCCUCUGUACCAGUUUGUAUGCUUCUGUGUUGUUAGACUCUUUCAUGAAGAGUAUGUGUUAAUUUUAAUUUGGCCUAAACUGGAAAGACAUUUUCAGUUUGUAAAAAUAAAGACCAUAAAGUAAUA